AUGUUUCGAGUGAGCAACUUCGUUGUGGGUCUAGCCAACACGUUAGUGAUGUUAGUGGGCGCAUCAGCCAUUGGUUACUCUAUUUACAUGUUUGUUCAUCAAGACGUGACCGAUUGUGAAUCAGCCAUUCGUGCACCACUCCUCACGACAGGAAUCAUCCUCUUCGUGGUGUCUUUACUCGGAGUGAUAGGAUCUUGCUUCGAGGAGAAUGUCGCAAUGAUCUCCUACUUGAUCAUACUCAUUGCGGGUAUUGUUGUGUUAAUGAUUUUCUCGAUAUUUCUCUUCUUUAUGACCAACAAAGGAGCCGGUCAUGUCGUCUCUGGUCGAGGGUAUAGAGAGUACCGGACCGUGGACUUUUCGAUUUGGCUUAACAGCUUUGUUGGUGGGAAUAGAUGGGUUGGUAUAAGGUCUUGUUUGGCUGAGGCAAACGUUUGUGAUGAUUUGAGUGAUGGUCGUGUUAGUCAGAUCGCUGAUGCGUUUUAUCGCAAGAACUUGUCUCCUAUCCAGUCAGGUUGUUGUAAGCCACCGUCUGAUUGCAACUUCCAGUUCAGAAACGCGACGUUCUGGAUACCGCAGGCGAAAAAUGCAACGACGGAAAACGGCGACUGCGGUGCGUGGAGUAACGUGCAAACGGAGUUAUGUUUUAACUGCAACGCAUGCAAAGCGGGUGUGUUAGCCAACAUAAGAGAGAAGUGGAGACAUCUUCUUGUUUUCAACAUGUGUCUCCUCAUACUCCUCAUCGCCGUCUGUACCUGCGGUUGCCGUGCUCGUCUUAACAAUCUGACAGCUACGAAAAGUGAUGGUGCAUGA